AUGAUCAAAAAUCCCGAUUCAAAUGGUGAUGAGGAUAUCGAGAUACCAUUUGUUAAAGUCACCAUUCCAGAAUGUCCUUGUGAACCUCUUCCAAAAGUUCAGCACGGUAGUCUUUUUGGUGCCGCCUUCAAUCUGACAAGUAGCCUUGUGGACGGAGUUCUUGAUGACGCUUGUCACCUUGUUUUCCCUAUCGACCAAAAUAUCACAAGUCAUGAUCCUCUUCCAAAUCCUAUCCCAUAUCCUGAAGGAAAUUUCGCUCUUCCCCCUAAAGGCACGGGAGCUGAUUGCUACUAUAAGGGGGGCCGAUCGGCUGUGGGUGAUGUAUUCUGUCCAGGCAAGCCUACCGUAUCCUGUCAAGGAAAUUUCUUUGCGGCUUAG